AUGGCCACCGACUCGAAAUCCAAGGCAACCUCUACGGCAAGAAUGUCUGUCAAUACCAGUGGUCUACAAGAACGAGGCACGAAGCGCGAGGAGACUCUCCCGGCACCUCUCGGAAGCCCGGUCAACGCACCCUCCAGAAAGAAGUCCUCCUGGGGAAGCAAGCUCGUCCUCCUCGGUAUUCCCCUCGGCGCUCUGGCUGUCUUGGGUCUCACUAGUUCAUACUGGUAUCCUGGGUCCCAAAUCUCCGGCCCUCGCAUGAACUCUUACAGGCGUCGGGACAAUCAAGGCAUCCCGGACACUGCGCAAGUCAUCAGCCCCAAGAGUUUCGCGGUACUUGACAAGGUCCAACCUGGUACCGAAUUUAACGGUUUCUCCCUGUUUGUCCCUCCUGGAUACACCGAAGAUUCCCUCAAGGCCAAACCCUUUCAUAUCCUCGACGAUUCCUUCUACGAUAUCAUUGGCGACGAUCCCAGCCUCACCCUCCUCGCUGACAGCGGCACCGACCCACUCUUUCACGAGGCUGUCGUUUGGUAUGCACCCAUGAACAAGGAUACAGACGAAGUGUUCUUCGCACAGAACGCUGGCGCCAAGGCUGCCGGUACUGGGAUGAACAAGUCGGCUAUCGUCCAGAAAAUUUCUCUUUCGGAGGCCGCAAAUGUCCAGCAAGGGAGUCGAAACUCGACGGAUAUCACCACCAUCAACAGCACUGUCCAGGUCGUGAACCCGAACGGUGGUACUGCUUACAGAGGCAAGAUCAUCUUCGCUGGUGAGGGCCAGGGUUCCGAUAUCGCACCCGCUCUCUAUGAAAUGGACCCCAACGAGCCCUAUGACACUACUGUCAUCCUCAACAACUUUUUUGGACGCCAAUUCAACAGUCUGAACGACAUUGCUGUCAACCCGCGUAACAAAGAGCUGUACUUUACAGAUGUCACGUAUGGGUACUUGCAGGACUUCCGCCCAGCGCCCAUCAUCGCCAAUCAGGCGUACAGGUUCAAUGUGGAUACCGGUGCGAUCCAAGUGGUGGCUGAUGGGAUCCAAAAACCCAAUGGCAUCGCGUUCUCUCCCGGGGGACAGUAUGCGUACAUCUCUGACACUGGUAUCUCUGGCGGAUUCUGGGGCAACAACUACACAGACUCUGCCGCCAUCUAUCGAUAUAACGUCCAGGACGACGGGAGCUUUGAGAACCGCAAGGUCUUUGCGUUCACUCACGUCGGAAAUGCCGACGGUGAGUCGUCUGCCUUGGGGAACGUUUACGCCGGAGUUGGGGAUGGUAUUCAUGUCUUCAACCCCUCAGGGUUACUCAUCGGCAAGAUCUAUCUGGGGGAGACCUCCGCUAAUUUCGCUUUUGCUGGUGAUGGAAAGCUGGUGAUAUGUGCCGAGACGCAUCUGUUCUAUGCUACUUUGGCUGCCAAGACUUGGGAUCCGGAAGCGUGA